AUGGAAGAAAAUCAGAGUUUAUGGAGGUAUAAAGAGAGGAUCCUGCAAUGUCUUAUUCUGGUCUAUGCUUGGGAAACAGUUUCUGCUCAGAUUCACUAUUCCAUUCCAGAGGAAAUGCAGAAAGGAUCUUUUGUGGGGAAUAUUGCAAAGGAUCUGGGAACAGAAGGGAAGCAACUUUCGGAUCAUGGACUUCGCAUUGUACCCACAAUAGGUAAGCUUCAGUAUUUUUCUUUGAAUGCCAACAAUGGUCAUUUACUGACCUCUGAAAGAAUAGACAGGGAGGCAAUCUGUGGAGAGGCAGAGAAAUGCAUCUUACCACUUCAGGUUAUGGUUGAGAGUAAAAGAAAACUGUAUGGAAUUGAAGUGGAAAUUACAGAUAUAAAUGAUAAUGCUCCUCACUUCCCUCCUGGGGAACAGGAAGUGAAAAUCAAUGAAAUAUCUCCACAGGGGUCCCGGUUUCCUCUACCUGAAGCUCAGGAUCAAGAUCUUGGCAUGAAUUCUGUGCAGAGUUACCAGCUCACAGGCAGCAGCCAUUUUUCUCUGGAUGUGAAAAAGGGAGAAAACGGUGCCAGGCGUGUGGAACUGGUGCUGGAAAAAGUUCUUGACAGGGAAGAGCAAUCAGUGUAUGACCUAACCCUCACAGCUACUGAUGGAGGCGAUCCGGUCCAGACAGGCACAACUCAAAUACAGGUCAUUGUUUUAGAUGCAAAUGACAAUGCGCCAGUCUUCAGUCAACCUCUCUAUGCAUUUACCAUUGAGGAAAAUAUAUCUAAAGGCUCCACAAUCGGUAGAGUUAGAGCUGUUGAUCGGGAUGAAGGAAUCUAUGGAGAGCUGAGAUACUCCUUCAAGAAAGCCACCAAGAAGGACUCACAAAUGUUUUUUUUUAAUGCAACAACUGGCACAAUAACAGUCAUAGGGGACGUUGAUUUUGAGAUAUCUUCUUCUUAUGAAUUUGAGGUGCAAGCUGAGGACUAUGGAGGACUGUUCGACAGGGCAAAAGUUGAGAUCACAGUUACAGAUCUGAAUGAUAAUGCACCUGAGUUAGCAGUUUCCUUUCUCACCAACUCCAUCAAUGAGAACUCACCAACUGGAACUGUUAUUGCUAUUUUAAAUGUAGAAGAUCGAGAUUCAGGAAUUAAUGGUGAGAUCUCAUGUUUAAUUUCCCAAAUCCUCCCCUUUCAGCUGAAAAAAUCCAUUGGUAACUUUUACAGUUUGGUGACAGUUGAUGCCCUUGACAGAGAGCAGAUGGAAGCCUACAACAUCACGGUCACAGCCACAGACCAUGGGACACCCUCACGUUCUACUUCCCUUAUCAUUCCACUCCAAGUUUUAGACACAAACGACAACCCUCCCCUCUUCCACCAGUCAUCCUACGUCUCCUAUCUCUUGGAGAAUAACCAAAGAGGUGCUUCUAUCUUCUCACUCAAGGCAGAUGAUCCAGACUGGGGGGAGAACUCCAACAUAAAGUAUUACAUUAUACAAGGUCAGAUAGGUGAUUUCCCCCUUUCUUCCUUCCUCUCCAUUAAUUCUGAAACUGGGAUUAUUUACGCCUUGAGCUCCUUUGAUUAUGAAGAACUCCAAGAGAUUCACUUCCAGGUCAAGGCCCAAGAUGGAGGCUCCCCACCACUCAGCUCCAACAUCACAGUGACUGUUUUCAUCUUGGAUCAGAAUGACAAUGCCCCAGAAAUCCUGUACCCAUCUGUCCCCACUGAUGGGUCCACUGGGAUAGAGCUGGCACCACGCUCCUCUGAGCCAGGCUACCUGGUCACGAAGGUGGUGGCCGUGGACGCAGACUCUGGCCAGAAUGCCUGGCUCUCCUAUCAGCUGCUGAAGGCCACAGAGCCAGGGCUCUUCACCAUAGGGCUCCACACUGGAGAGAUCCGGACGGCCCGUCCCUUUCUGGACAAGGAUGCUCUCAAGCAAAGCCUGGUGGUUUUGGUGAAGGACAGUGGGCAUCCCCCUCUCUCUGCCUCAGUCACGGUCACCGUGGUGCUGGCCAACAGCAUCCCUGAGGUACUGACUGACCUGAGCAGCAUCUCAACCCCUGCAGACCCCCAGUCAGACCUCACCUUCUACCUGGUGGUUGCUGUGGCUUUUGUCUCCUGCUUGUUUUUCACCUUCCUCCUUGUGUUGCUGGCACUCAGACUUCGCAGGUGGAAGAAUUCUCAGUUCUGUGAUUCCGGGAGCUUGAAUUUCACCGGAGUCCCAGUUUCACAGUUUGUGGGGAUUGAUGGAGUCCGAGCAUUUCUUCACUCCUAUUGCCAAGGGGUUUCUCUCACCACAGACUCUAGGAAAAGCCAGUUCAACAUUUCCAAGGCAGAUUAUUCCAGUACUCUGAAAAAUCAGUUGGCUGGUGAUAUAAAGGAUCCUGUCAACACUACUGAUGAUUUGAAUUUGAAUAGUGGGGAUCUGAUCAUAGUCCAGGUGAGCUAA